AUGCAUAGUCGGGAGAGGGAUAGAUCCACGCGAGAAGGUUCAUACCCACAAAGGAGAAGAACCCCUUCUUUCUCCUCCACUCUUCUCGACGCCAUUUACCGUUCAACCGACGAAUCAAAAACCAACCUUGACCACAAUCACCAACUGGGUCUCUGCCACCAAACCACCCACACUUCCAAACACACCACUUUGAGUGAAAAAGGUGGCACAGAGAGGAUGAAUCUUCGGCGAGCCGUGAUGUUAGAAGAUUGGAUGGAGAAACAUGGUUCUCAAUUCCUCAACUCAACUUCCAGCUCCUCAGAAUGUAGCUCUGGGGGAGUGUUUUCUUCUUCAGAAACAGACACAACCUACAACAAACAAAGACCAAGACCUACAUCGGAGAAACCCAUGAACCACGAUCGUAGAAUUUCAGAGAAGCAGAAGCCGCAGCGAGAGGGUGGUUUUACAAGAACCAAGUUGAGGGCGUUGAAAAUCUAUGGUGAAUUGAAUCAGAAAGUCAAGCAACCCAUUUCACCAGCGAGUAGAAUAGCUAGCUUCCUUAGCUCUAUUUUCAACCCUCAGAACGUGAAGAAAGCCAAAAUGUGUUACGUUGGAACCGUUGAAGAUGUUAGUUUUGAGCAUAAAUCAAAGUCCCCAUGUUUCUCUUCUUCUGCUUCUUCGCUUUCAAGGUCUUGUAUGAGCAAAACAAAAGGAAAAUCCAGCAAUGGUGUCAAAAGAUCAGUUACAUUUUACCCCGUUAGUGUAAUCCUUGGUGAGGAUUCUGAACAACUUUCUUGUCACAAAUAUGUUUAUGAAAGUGAAGCAAGAAAGAUUACUAGAAAUUCUUCAAUAAAGGAGCUGAAGAACACUGUUAUGGGAAGUGAAAAUGGAGCUGAAGCAGCGGCACGUGGUUUUAUUAAAGGUUACCGAAAUAAUGGUAAGAGUGAAUUUGGUUUUAGAGGUUUUUAUGAUAAUGUUGAAGAUGAUGAUGACGAUGAUGAUGAUGAUGUGAGUUGUUCAAGCUCGGAUUUGUUUGAACUGGAUCAUCUUAUUGGAGCUGCAAGGUACCAAGAAGAGCUUCCCGUGUAUGAAACUACCAAUUUAGAAACAAAUAAGGCUAUUGCUAAUGGUUUGCGUUUGUAG